AUGAUAUAUCAGUUAUUCAUCUUUUUAUUUCUUAUUUAUACAAGUUAUGAAUGUGAAAUUUGGAAAGCAUCAGAAUGUCCACCAGGACCAACUAAAGAAGAUGAAGAUUUAAUCAAAUCAGAAGUAUAUACUAAAGAACAAUUAUUUGCUUUUUGUGAUGCUGGUAAAACAUAUACAGAUUGUGUUAAUGAACGUUUACAUUGUUGUGAUAUGCGUGUUGAAUAUGCAACAACAUUAGCAUCAAUUGAUGCACAACUUAAACGUAAUGCAUGGCGUACGGGAAAAUAUUGUAAUGGAAUUACAGAAACAAAUACUAUAAAUUAUCGAUGUUUAACAACAUCAGGAUCAUUAAUAAGUAUAACAUCACGAUCAACAACAACACAAAUGCCAACAUGUGAUGUUGAAAAAGUUGGUACAGAAUGUAGUCCAAUUAUUGAACAUCGUGUUCAUUUUGAAGCUCAUUGGUCUGUUUAUGAAAAAGCAAAAUGGUGUAAAGAUACUUAUGAUUAUUAUACAUGUGCAUUAACACAUAUAACUAAUUGUACAACAAUAUCGAUCGUUACUGACAUAGCUCAAUUGACACUUUUUAUGGAUUUUAUAGAAAAAUCUGCUAAUCGUGAAUGUCCCGGUGGUCUAUACGGUUGUGCAGUUAAUGCUGAUAGUGAUAUGCGUUGUCGUGCUGGUGCAAAGUAUUUUCUUGAUAAAAAUACAUUAACUGAUCAAGGCAUCAUCAUUCGACAAAUAUCAUCGAUUAUUGUACUUUUUCUAUUUUUCUGUUUUUUAAUGCGAUUAAAUUAA